AUGGACAAAACGUCGGUGCAGGACGUGGACGAGAAUGACCAGCUGACUGAUAGCGGUUGCAAUUGGAGUCAAGAUGUACUGCGACAACUCGCAAUGAUCUGUUGCCACGAGUUUGAGGCAAACCCAGACUGUAGCCGUGUACUGCGCCUUUACUCCGACAGGGACUGCUCUCAACGCAAGGCUGUGGACGACAAGCUGUACUUGAUGAAGCAGAUGUACCACUUCAUAUCUCAAGUGAAGAACCAGUUCAAUCGAGAAGGAAUUGGCAAGAAGCUGUCUUCGCUUUGA